UUCAAUCACUAUUUAAUAGAGGUAUAGUAUUGAUGGGAAAAAACCUGGGAAAUGGAUUGAUGUAGAUGAAAAUUACUCAUCGUAAUAAAUACUAUAUACUAAUGAUCACGAUCAAUUUUAUAUGAAGGGGAAUACAAGAACGGAAGUAAAUUUGGGACUUGGGUAUCAUAAAAUAUGCUUUUGAAGAAGUAGCUUCAAUAAUCUAUUUUUUAUGAUUAUGAUAGCGGCGGUGGUAUAUACAAUGAUUAUGGAAUGAAAAAUGGAAAAUGGCGUGGUAUAUUUGAUAAUUACAGAGAGCAUAAUGAAUUAUUAAUAGAUUUAGAAACUGUUAAGUCAUUUAAAUAGGUAUGGGAAUUGGAAUUUCAUUUGUAAAUACUAUAAUUCUUUAAAUUUUCAUAAAAUAGGUGGAGGGGAAUAAGAGAUGGAGUAUGGUUGGAAUUAAACGACAAUUUUUCAGAAAACUGCCAUAAAAAUGGUUACAAACAAGGAAGAUGGAAAGCAUUAUUCAAAGGUUGUCAUGAAUAUACUUAUAAAACUCUAGGAGGAGGAGUUUAUUAAGAGGACGGAUUAAAAAUGGAAAAUGGACAGAAAUACAUGAAAGCUUUUCAAAAAUUCUUGGUAGUAAAUAAGUCAUGUUGAAUAUUUAAAUGGUAUCAAAUAGGAAAAAGUAUGAAGUUAAAUUUAUAAUAAUCAUAAUAAUUUCUUUAAAUUUAACUUUCAA